AUGGCCGCCGCGGGUGCGAGGGCGCAGAAGCCCGUGGGCUCUACAGCAUGGAUUGCGGCGGAAAAGGAAAACAUUGCCGACUUGAUAGAACAAGAACUGGAGGAAGUAGAAUAUCCAGUCCGUCAUGAAAUGGCCUGGUUAAAUGAACAUAUGACCGAGAUCUUCUCCAAAGGUCAAACAAACUUUACUGAUGUGUUCAAAACACCCGGCAAAAUGAGAGGCAAGACUCCUCGAACGGCCCGAAAGCGCAUUGUGGAAGACAGUCGUGUGCCUUUGAGCGAAAUUUUCUCCUCUGCACACAAGCAAGUGGAGAACUCAGCGAUCCCCAGUCCCAGCCCAUUCAUUCAUCGCAUUAUCUCAAAAACAUCUGCGCCCGCGGCUGAGAGCGCGGGCAGCUCUCAGGAUACGAACAAGGCAUCUCAGCCACAAUACCCAGACCUCACGCAGAACUUAAAUUCAUUUUCGCAUUACAAUACCGACUCUGGCUAUCAUGGAAUGGGCGAAGAUGAUAACAUGAUCUUGCCAGACACCCAGCCAAAUACCCAACCGGAAACCCAGACAUCCACUCAGCCCUUGAACGCGGACGAAGCGGUGGCACUGAACUCCCAGGCCGACGUUUCUAUUAGCCAGCAAACAACGGAGGAUUCCUUCCAUUCUGCGCAGGAAAAUGUUCGAGCUCGGGGAGAGACCGUCGAACCUAUGAACCUAGACCCAACCCCAGCCCGAAAACAAGAAUUGGACCAAUCAGAGGUUAAUUCUCAAGCCUCAGAACCGGACGCAAAUGCAACUCCUAAGGCUAAGCGACGAUCAAAAUCUAGGGCAGAUUUCAUCUCACAAAACCAAAGAAGCCCGACCCCCCAGGAGGAAACCGAAAAGCAGGAUGUUAACGAAUUGGUUUCAGAGUCUACUCCUGUGUCGGAAAAACCGCAUGCGAUUCAAUCUCCCGCUGCCCGAAACCCCCAAACACAGGAAGUUGAAAUGGAAGAUAUGGCCAAAGAUGACACUGUUCUUGAUGACGACUUCGACGAUAUCGGGUCUCCCUCAGAUGGGUCAACCCCAGAACGACUGCCGGUACGGAAAAGCAGUUUGAGUUUUGCUUCUCUUCCAGCACGAGAGCCUUUAACUAAGAAGAGCAUGGGAGGCUCACGGAUCUCCCGUACCUCCCAUAUCGAUCUCCCAAAGCUCAACAAUACCGGUCGCCCCAGUUAUUUCGGGGUGCAAAAAGCCACGCAGCCUUCCUCGGAUGACAAUGUCACUGACUCAGUUGCAAUGGAUGUUGACAAUGAGAGGGGACCUGACGAGAAGGUAGAUGUUGAUGAGGCCAGCAAAUUGCACAGCACAAAGUCUACACAGAGCCUUCAUGAACGGAUCAGUAUGCUUGGGAAACUCCAGCCGUCACGCCCUAAAGGCCAAAUUUCGACCAUUGCUGGCCUUGCUACUGGUCAGAUCCCACAUUCGGAACUACCAACUACAAAAUCAGAUGCCAGCUUCGGGCCUUCAAAUCAAAAAUUGCGCGAAGUUCCUGUCGUGCAGCCCACAGCAGCUGAUGAUGAUGAUUGGAUCAAGCCUCUGAGCUCCCCAGUUCGACCAAAUCUCACGAAAAGUCAAACUACGGAUUUUAAGGAGAAGCUCUCCAAUAAAGAUCCGUUAAUGACCGAGAAGAAUUCAUCGAUCAUCCAGGGCCAACGUCCCACCGAAUCAGAACGUCCCAAAUCAUCAUACUCAGUAUUCUCCUCCCCUCGCCCACAAGGUCAUCAACAAAGCGCUUCCACAUCCAACAUCCCGGCAGAAGCAUCUACUACUCCUACUGGGUCUCCAAGGCGCUUUGAUGGGCCACUAAGUGCCUCAAAAAUGCGGCUACAAUCAAUCAUGAAGACUGCCAAGGGUUUAUUCACAUCUACUGGAAGUUCAGCGAAGACUGAAGUCUCUUCGCCUGAACAGACACUAGUUCAACAUCAGGAACAAUUCAACCACGAUAUGGAGGAUCUGUCUGGAUCCCAACCGCAUCAAACCUCCAGUCCUCCCCGCCAGGAGGGGCGUCGAACACGAAGCUCGACAGAAAAGGAGGAGAGACGCCGACAGAAAGAACUGGAAGAUCGUCAGCGGGAAGAAGAGGAAGCACAUCAAGAGAAAAUGCGGGCAAUGGAGAAACAGAGGGCCAUGCAGCUCAGGGCAGCUCAAGAAAAAUCAUCUGUAGAGCCAGAAGAACGGACAGCAACCGCAAAUCAUAGAUCAACCCAGUCACAGCGACAGCAAUCACGCGAGCCCGAGUUGGCCCCGGAUACAUCAAAGUUGGCUAUCGCUCAGCCCAAGCAAAAUGACCGACGUCCUAAACCCACCCGUGAACAAUUGCAAAAGCCCAAACCGCAACCCGUAUCGAUUCGUCUUGGGAGUACUCUAUCACGUCAAAUCCCUGUUGCCUCCUCACUCUCUUCAACCGUGCAAGACUCCAAUGUACCAGCACCUGCUCCGGCAAAUCCUUCAAAGACGUUGAAGAAAAAGGCUAGCAACCAGUCUCUACAGACAUCUUCUUCAACGAGCAGUUUCAAGAGCUCUGUUUCCAGUCAAACGCAAGCCCAGCGGAAAGCCAAUGGAAGAAAGAGGGAGCAAGAAGAGCGUGAAGCCCGUCGCAAGGAAGAGCAAAAGCGCGAGCAGGAGCGCAAGCGAGCUCUUCAGCUACAGCAGCAGGAAGAAGCUCGUCAACAGGCUGAGCGAGAGAUUCGGGAACGGUCUACUCAAGAGGACCCGAAGAAAGCUGCUCAUAUGCAAGCAAUUGAGCAGAGACGACUGGCGAAUAUUCGAAAACACGAGGGGCAAGGCAGUCAGCAAGCCACCAAUGAGGCUCCAAAAAUGCAACACGAGAAGGCUGGGUCACAGUCUUCUCAGCGCAGUGACUUGGGUGCUCCAAGACCUGCUUCCCGCUUGGGUUCCAUUCAACCAUAUAGCCGUUCAAUCAAUCCGCCAGCACCAAACCCGGCCAAGCCGCCCAAGAGAGUGAUGGAUGAGGAGGCUGGCCCCAGGCCCGCCGUUAGAAAACCGAGCAAUAUCCAGCCUUCCGGUGAGGCCAAGCGACGGAAGACAGAAGAUGAACAUAAUCCCAUGCACACACAGCCGAUGCGACCUACUAUGGCCCCACCAAUCCGACAGUCGAACAUUCGCAAGCCCUCGAUGUUUGGACAGUCCAGCGUAGGACACCCGUCUGGCUCUUCAAUUUUCAAGACCGCCCAGCCCCAGCGGCCUGGUCAUCCUAUGGACAUGGCCAAAUUCACCAAUGGCAAGAUUCCGUUCGCCGAGCCAAAUCACGCUCCUCCCCCGACGGGAUACAAGUCUGCUGCUCCUGGCUCUGCCCAGCGACCCCCUGCUCAGGCCAAGCCUUCACCUAAGUACCCCAGUGGUGAGAGUAUUCACCUGCCAGAGAUUGCAACCGACAGUGAAGACGAGGACGACUCGGACUCUGAGAUGUUCCCUGUACCCAAGUGGGCUCAACCUAAGGAGCUGGAAGGCUUGCUUCGGCAGCAGGACGGAAUGGAGGUUGACUCGAUUUUUGGGCCUAUUGCACCGUUCUCAUUGGAGGAGACGUUCAAGGCCGAUAAAAAGAUCAAAAGAUACCGAGACCGUACCAGCAGCGCCAACUGGAACGGUCCCGAUGGACUCACCCAAGAAGAGAUUCGCAAGGAUGUGGCCGAGCGGCAACGGCUGCGACUCAAUGGCGGGUGGUCCUUCAACCCUUGA